CGGCGCGGGGAGGCGGUUCCACCUCCGCAGUUCCGACGCCCUGCCCUAGAUUUUUCUCUGACGGAGAGUGGGUCCUCUCUCCCUUGCUUCUCGCAGGAGUCGCAGUGCCCGCAGUGGCGGCCCGCAGCGGGACGCAGUCCACGCUGCCCGACCCGUAGGCGGGAUGUCGGUGGUGGGCAUUGACCUGGGUUUCCUUAACUGCUACAUCGCAGUGGCGAGGAGCGGCGGCAUCGAGACCAUCGCCAACGAGUACAGCGACAGGUGCACGCCGGCCUGUAUAUCUCUGGGAUCCAGAACCCGAGCUAUUGGAAAUGCAGCUAAAAGCCAGAUAGUAACAAAUGUAAGAAAUACAAUUCAUGGCUUUAAAAAGCUUCAUGGGCGAUCGUUUGAUGACCCCACUGUGCAAACAGAGAGAAUCAGGCUUCCCUAUGAACUGCAGAAGAUGCCUAAUGGAAGUGCAGGGGUUAAGGUGCGGUACCUGGAGGAAGAGAGGCCCUUUGCAAUCGAGCAAGUCACGGGGAUGUUGCUGGCUAAACUUAAAGAGACCUCAGAAAACGCCCUGAAGAAGCCAGUGGCUGACUGUGUGAUCUCGAUCCCGAGCUUCUUCACCGAUGCAGAGAGGAGGUCGGUGAUGGCUGCAGCCCAGGUUGCAGGCCUAAACUGUCUGAGGCUGAUGAAUGAAACCACCGCAGUUGCACUGGCAUAUGGAAUUUAUAAACAGGAUCUCCCUUCAUUAGAUGAGAAACCAAGGAAUGUUGUGUUUAUCGAUAUGGGACAUUCUGCCUAUCAGGUCUCUGUCUGUGCGUUUAACAAAGGAAAACUUAAAGUGUUGGCUACUACCUUUGACCCAUAUUUGGGUGGCAGGAACUUUGAUGAGGCUUUAGUAGACUAUUUCUGUGAUGAAUUCAAGACCAAAUAUAAGAUAAAUGUCAAGGAGAACUCUCGAGCCUUGUUGCGGCUGUAUCAGGAAUGUGAGAAACUGAAGAAACUGAUGAGUGCAAAUGCAUCGGAUCUUCCCCUGAACAUCGAGUGUUUUAUGAAUGACCUUGAUGUUUCUAGUAAGAUGAACAGGGCUCAAUUUGAACAACUGUGUGCUUCCCUUUUGGCUAGGGUUGAACCACCUUUAAAAGCUGUAAUGGACCAAGCUAACUUACAACGUGAAGACAUAAACAGCAUAGAAAUUGUAGGAGGAGCCACUCGGAUUCCUGCAGUCAAGGAGCAGGUCACUAGGUUCUUUCUGAAAGACAUCAGUACCACCCUAAAUGCUGAUGAAGCUGUCGCCAGAGGAUGUGCAUUGCAGUGCGCGAUUCUCUCGCCAGCAUUUAAAGUGCGUGAAUUUUCCAUAACAGACCUUGUUCCUUACUCAGUCACAUUAAGGUGGAAAACUUCUUUUGAAGAAGGGACUGGGGAAUGUGAAGUUUUCUCUAAGAACCAUCCAACCCCGUUCUCAAAGGUCAUAACUUUUCACAAGAAGGAACCAUUUGAACUAGAAGCAUUUUAUACUAAUUUACAAGAAGUGCCUUAUCCAGAUCCAAGAAUUGGGAACUUCACUAUUCAGAAUGUUUUCCCACAGUCUGAUGGUGAUAGUUCUAAAGUAAAAGUAAAGGUUCGUAUUAACAUCCAUGGGAUUUUCAGUGUGGCAAGCGCAUCGGUGAUUGAGAAGCAGAAUCUGGAAGGUGACCACAAUGAUGCCCCUAUGGAAACAGAAGCCUCUUCUAAGAGUGAAAACAAAGAGGAUGUGGACAAAAUGCAGGUUGACCAAGAAGAAGGAGGUCAUCAAAAAUCUCAUGCUGAGCACACCCCAGAAGAGGAGAUUGACCACACUGGGGCCAAAACAAAGUCACUUCCUUCAGACAUGCAAGACCGCAUAAAUCAAACUAUUAAAAAAGGAAAAGUCAAGAGUAUUGAUCUACCUAUCCAGAGUAGCCUAUACAGACAACUGACCCAAGAUCUUCUCAAUAGCUACAUUGAAAAUGAGGGGAAGAUGAUCAUGCAGGAUAAAUUAGAGAAAGAAAGAAACGACGCUAAAAACGCUGUUGAAGAAUACGUCUAUGAUUUCAGAGAUAAGUUGGGCACUGUCUAUGGCAAGUUCAUCACUCCAGAAGACAUGAAUAAACUGUCUGCAAUGUUAGAAGAUACAGAAAACUGGCUUUAUGAAGAAGGAGAGGACCAACCUAAACAAGUUUAUGUGGAUAAGCUUCAGGAGCUAAAGAAAUAUGGCCAGCCCAUUCAAAUGAAGUACGUAGAGCAUGAGGAGAGACCAAAAGCUUUAAACGACUUGGGGAAAAAGAUUCAGCUUGUCCUGAAAGUGAUAGAAGCGUACAGGAACAAGGAUGAAAGAUAUGAUCAUCUGGAUUCUGCUGAAAUGGAAAAAGUUGAAAAGUACAUCAGUGACUCCAUGAACUGGCUGAACACUAAGAUGAAUGCACAGAACAAAUUAAGUCUUACUCAAGAUCCUGUGGUAAAAGUGUCAGAAAUAGUUGCAAAGUCAAAGGAACUGGAUAAUUUCUGUAACCCCAUCGUUUAUGCACCCAAACCAAAAGUAGAAGUUCCUGAAGACAAAGCAAAAGCUAACAGUGAACACAAUGGACCAAUGGAUGGACAGAGUGGUACAGAGACCAGCCCCGACCCAGCAAAAGGCAGCUCACAGCACACUGACUCUGGAGAGAUGGAAGUGGACUAAGAUUCAUGUAAUUCAAACAGUUGGCUAACUACAGGGUCCAUUCCUCCUUUACGCCUGGUACACACAACAUAUGUUCAGUUGUUCUUAACUACUUUUGUCAUUUGUUUUUUGGAGUAGUUUUGAAGGUGUCUAUAUUGAGUGCACUAUUCAUGUCCACUGCUGCUGUGACGUUUUAGCUGAAUAUAGAUGUGCAAAUGAGUUUGAGCUCUCCUCACAUACUUUUGUGUCAGUAUGCAGGACUGCUAUGUACUUCGCAACCAUCCACCUUAGUCACAGCUUUUACUUGCAUAGCUCUCAGCUCCUCGAUGCAGGAAGGGAUACUGCGUUGCUCUUUUGUUGCAGAGGCAGGGGGUUGACUGCAUUGUUGUGAAAACAAACUGAAGUUGAUGUGGUUUAGAGCCAACAGCACUGACCCUUCCUAGUUUCCCUAUUGUUAUCACUUAAAUAUUAAAACCAAUGGGAGGUUCUGACAUACUAGUCCAUCUCACUGAUGCGCCACAAGGACUCCAGUCUUGUCGUCACAUAAGUGACACUCAGAAAGAGAAUAGUGCAGUUUGACAUUCAGAUAACACCAGCAGUUGCUGCUUUUGUUAGUAGCAUGGACUGAUGUUUUCUCAGAGUAACUUUUCACUUGAAACUGUUGAUUUACUUGUCCUAAAGACCAGCUGCUGCUACAGUAAUGCUAAGCCUAUACUUUCAUGUUAUGGGAAAGCACUGUUGACCUGUUCAGAUGUGCAUCUUGUGAUGCUGAUAGCCUUGGUUCAGUUUUUAUAGUUGUGUUUGUUUCCUUAAUUGAUUUUUGUUAAUAACCUUAAUCUGGGGUAGGGAGAAAGUGCACAAUGCAAUAUAUAUAUAUAUAU